CAUUUUUGUCACGUGAUGUCUCUUGACGCUGAAAAUGAGCGUGAAGCGUCGUCAGCGUGAAAAGGCACCUAUAGAUGUCCAUCUUUUGGAGGUGCAAAAGGUGCAGUGCAGUAACAAAUUUCGUUAAUAUCUCUUGCGAAACGAGAACGAAUUUCGAACAAUCGUCACAUUCGAUGGGUUAACGUUAAACGGUUGUAAUCUUCUUCUUAACUUGACGAAAUGGCGAGAUUAAAAAGAAAUGUACGAGAUCUAGAAACGCCUACUGAAAAUAAUGUAAACGUCACGAAGAAACAAAAAAAGAAAGAUGCAUCUAAUGAAAUAAUAAAGUAUACAUUUACAAGCAAGCAAAAUAAUAAGAAGAAAAAGCAUGCUUCUAAAAAUAAAUUUGUAGAAGAUACGAAGGGAUUACAUGAUUCAACAAAGUAUUCAAAAGAAGAUAAAAAGAAAUUGGAAGUACAAGUACAAAUUAAUAUAGAUGAUAAGACAAAACGCAAAAUGAAAAAUAAGAAUAAAUAUGGUGCAAACAAGACAGAAAAAUCUGACAUUUGCAUAAAAUAUUUAAAAGACGAUAACAAAACAUCAGAGGUACUUGAAAAAGCAAAUAGUAAAACAAAAGGCAAGAUGAAAAAUAACAAGCGAAAACAAAACACGAAUCUUGAUCUCACGAAUAAGCAUGCUGUGGAAGUCAGUGAUGCAAAGGAAAGAAGUAAGAAUUUACAGAUGCCUGUAAAGGAAUCGGUUGAUUUUGAGUCUAAGAAAACAAAAAUUGAGAAAUUUAAAAAGAUGACUGAAAAGAAGAUGAAACGGAUGUUGACUAAGACAGAGACACAGGAGGUAAAACCUGACGAGAUAUUAAAAUUGAAUAAGCAUAUGAUGAAAAUUAAACAAUUGGAAGAGAUGCUUAUCAGAAAGUCGCAAGCAAAACAGACUUUGAAGGAUAGAGUAAUGGCACAGUUAACAGCGGUUAGAUUUAGAUCUAUAAACGAAAUGUUGUGUGACAAUAACAGCUCGCAAUCUAAGCGUUAUUUUAAAGAGAACCCUAACGCUUUCAAGGCUUAUCAGAUGGGAUAUAAAUGGCAGCUUGAACAGUGGCCACUAAAUCCACUGGAUGUUAUAAUAUCGUCGAUUUUGGAACUACCAUUGGAUAAUGUGAUCGCCGAUUUUGGAUGUGGUGAGGCACGACUCGCUAUUUCUGUUCCUCAUACAGUACAUUCGUUUGAUUUCGUCGCUCUGAAUGAUAGAGUGAAAGCCUGUGACAUGGCUCAUACCCCUUUACGAAUGAAUAGUGUUGAUGUUGUUGUAUUUUCUCUCUCACUAAUGGGAUCUAAUCUUAACGAUUAUAUAAUGGAAGCUAACAGAGUUCUUAAAAUCGACGGUAUCUUGAAAAUAGCCGAAAUUGGAAGCAGAUUUGAGGACAUAAAAGAUUUUAUAAGACAGCUGCGUAAUUACGGCUUUAAAAACACAUGGAAAGAUUUGUCUUAUGACUUGUUUUAUUUUCUGGAUUUUAAAAAAGAAAAGGAUAUAAAUAUGAAAAAAAAGAAGUCCCCUUCAAUUACGCUGAAAUCUUGUUUGUAUAAAAAACGAUAAAAUUUUAUUAUGCUAUUUAGCAACAAUUUGUUUUUUUACAUAAGAGAUUUUAAGUUGUUAUAUAUAAACAAUUUUAUUUUAUUUUUUAUGAAACUAAAGUUUCUUUCUUGUAAUAAGAAAAAUUUAUUUGAUUUAAAAAGAAGCACUUGUUUUUAAAAGCUUUUGACACUUAAUGUUUCAUGUUUUAUUGGUCUUAUGAUUUAUUUUUAAGUAUUAUAAUAAGUAAUGAACUUAUAUAUCAAAUGUUUGUGAAUGAUUACUUUAUGUUUCUGUUCAAACAAUAUAUGUUAAUCUUUGAAACAUAUUGUCCUGUUGAAAAUACAGUUUAUGUAAUGUAUGUAAGAGAUGAAAGAGAUUUAAUAAUUUUAUAUACCGGUUUUGAAAUGAAAAUAUAUCUAUAAAGAGUACAA